CACUAAAGCGUGCGUUUUGUUUUCGCUCAGUGAAGUAGUCUACGGAGAGCAUUAAAAUGGUAUGUAUCAGUUGAAAAUAUUAAAUAGAUCUAAAUAUCAUGGUACAAAGAUUAUUGAACAAGCAUAGAAUAUAUCACGUUAUAAAUAUUUGACUAAUAUUGUGUUCUAUCAUUAUUUUUCGACUAAUAGAUUGCGGUAUUCUUUUCAGACUGAAGAAGUAAACCCUAAAGCUUACCCUUUAGCUGAUGCUAAACUUACUCAGACCAUUCUACAGUUGCUGCAACAAGCUCAGCACUAUCAACAAUUGAAGAAAGGGGCAAACGAAGCAACCAAGACUUUAAACAGAGGUAUUGCCUCGUUUAUUGUUUUGGCUGCAGACGCAGAGCCUUUGGAAAUUCUUCUACAUUUACCUAUCUUGUGUGAAGAUAAGAAUGUACCCUAUGUGUUCGUCAGAAGUAAAACGGCAUUGGGACGAGCAUGUGGUGUCUCUAGAGCGGUAAUCGCAGCUUCAGUAACGAAUAACGAUGGAUCACAACUGAAGUCGCAAAUUAUUCAGGUUCAGCAGAGUAUCGAGAAACUGCUUAUUUAAAUGUUUAUUACGAUCGUGGAGUUUUUUAGUGUUUAAAUAAAUUCAAAGUUAUCGGAAAAAAUUUUAAUAAAAGAUAAAUAUUAAUAAAAAAUAACAGCUAAACUUAUAAUUACCAAAUACAGUACAUUAAAGAGUAUAUUUAGGUGAGAUGUGCAUUUAUAAAAGAUCAUGUGAACUGUUUCAAAACGUAUUUACUAUCGGUGUAAUUCACUAUCAGUCGGAAGCGGAAGUUCUUCUAUUCGUUGGAAUUAAUAAUAUCGAGUUUCUAUAAAACGACGACUGAUCGAUUUUAACAUUAUUCAGAUUAAUUUGGCUUAGAAAUGGGUGAGCGUAAGGGCCAAAAUAAAUAUUAUCCACCAGAUUUUGACCCAGCAAAACAUAAAUCUCUGGAUAAUUAUCAUGGAACACACGCUCUACGAGAAAGAGCACGAAAACUGCAUCAAGGAAUUAUUAUUAUCAGAUUUGAAAUGCCUUACAAUAUUUGGUGUGAUGGCUGUAAGAAUCAUAUAGCUAUGGGUGUCCGAUAUAAUGCCGAGAAAUCAAAGAUUGGGAAAUACUAUACAACACCAAUAUAUAAAUUUCGAAUGAAAUGUCAUCUUUGUGACAAUCAUUUUGAAAUUAAAACAGAUCCAGCUAAACAUGAUUAUGUGAUAACAAGUGGUGCCAGACGAGAAGAACAGCGCUGGGAUCCGUUUGAAAAUGAACAAAUAGUGCCAGAAGAUAAGGCAACGCAUAAGAAACUUGAAACUGAUGCUAUGUUCAAAUUAGAACAUGUUUUUGAUGAUAAAACAAAAAAGAUUGAAGCUGCACCAGGGUUCAGUGAAAUUGUAGAUAAAAGGAGUGAAUGGAAAGACGAUUAUUCCUUGAAUAAAAUGGCACGAAAUAUUUUUAGGACAGAAAAAAAGAAAAUUAAUGAUAAUAAUAAAGCAGACGAUAAUGUAAGGAAUAGACUGUGUCUAGAUAUUAAUUUAAUGCCAGAAAAUGAAGAAGAUGUAAAAUUAGCCGGUUUAAUUCAAUAUGAACAAACUGAUAAUGAGGAUAACUCUCAAUUAAAAAGAAAGCACGAAGUAAUUAAUCAAUCUAUUUUCUCAAAAAAGUCUGGUUCUAAAUCAAAAACUUUUCCAUCUUUAAAAUUAUCCUCAAACCCCGUUCAAAAAGAUACAUCGUUAAAAUUGUCGUCACCUUUAGUAAGAAAGAAACAAAAAAUGGAGACUGAUAAUGUACCUACAGAAUCUAAAACAAUUGAUGAUAGUGGUGGUGAUAAAGAUGAAAUUAAAGUUGAAAAAACUUCUGGCAUUUUAUCACUAUGCAAAUAUGACAGUUCAGGAUCAUCUGAAGAUGAAUAAAAAGUUAAAAUUAUCUCACUUUUCUAUUCAAUUUACUGUUUUGUAUAUAAUUUAAAUGUAAUAAAAACUGUGGUCUUUAUAACUCAGUCAAAGGAUUGAAAAAGUAGUUUUAUAUGCAAA